AUGAUUCUCACGCACUGCGCCGUCUGUGCUGUCGAACUUGGCUUAUCCUUGGGCAAGAAAUGCGGCCGCUGCAGCACGCGCUACUGCGGCGCCGAGUGCCAGAAACAACACUGGGAGCAAGGCGGCCACGACAAGCUAUGCAAAUUGAUAAAAAAAUCGGGUGGAGCCGAGCAGUAUCAUGCAAACACGAAAUACUCAGAGGCCGUAACGGUCGCGGCGGAGGCGUGCGCGGAGGACACGAAGGGGCAGACGUGCUACAUCUGCACGCAGGCCCUCCACUGGAAAACGAAGGAGGGCCUCGUGCGCGGGUGUGCGUGCCGCGGGACGGCGGGCGUCGCGCACGUGUCGUGCCUGGUGGAGCAGGCCAAGAUUUUGAUGGACGAGGCCGAGGAGAACAAUUUGGGCCUCAAGGCGUUGAAUGAGCGGUGGCCGCGGUGGCACAAGUGUAGCCUGUGCGAGCAAACGUAUCACGGCGUCGUGAUGUGCGCGCUCGGGUGGGCGUGCUGGAAGACGUACCUCGGACGGCCGGAGACGGACUGGCCUCGGUGCUUGGCGAUGCAACAGCUUGGACACGGCCUAGGCGCCGCAGACCACCACGAGGACGCGUUGUCCGUAAAAGAGGCCGAGAUGGCUAUGUUGCGGCGCCUUAGCGUACCAGAAGGCGAGAUGCUCAACGUGCAGUGCAAUCUUGCGAUCACGUAUGCAAGUCUUGGAAGGCAUGAACAGGCCCUGUCGUUGCGGCGAGAUAUAUACUCCGGACGAUUGAAGCUCAAUGGCGAAGAACAUCCGGAAACGCUCAGAGAAGCCAACAAUUACGCAACGACCCUUUCAGAGCUACAACGCUACCAAGAAGCCAAGUCGCUGCUGCGCAAAACCAUGCCCGUGGCGCGACGGGUUCUCGGUGAGGAUAAUGAAACUAGGAUACUGACGAGGUGGAUUUACGCAGAUGCGCUCUACACGGACCCCGGCGCCACGCUCGACGAUCUCCGCGAGGCCGUGACGACGUUAGAAGACAUCGAGCCGAUUGCGCGUCGCGUGCUCGGUGGCGCGCACCCGAGAACAAUGGCGAUUGAGCGGACCCUGCAAAAGGCGCGAGCCGCCAGCGAAGCCAAGGCGACGGAAGCGAUCACGCCGGGGGAACGCGUGGCGGAUAAAUAAUUAUUAGUC